AGAUUGAUCAUAAUUAGGACAUUCGUGAAGAGCCAACAACAAUUAUUGUAUAAUUUAUGGGGCUAUCCAAAUAUAUAUAUAUAGAGGGGGAGAGAGAGGGACAACCCAUCAAGGCAAUUUCUGUACACUAUUCUCGCUUCUAUGGCUUCUCAAGUUCCGAAGCUUUUAACAAGCACAUCUUUCACGGCUUGUGGAGCUCCAAAAUGGUUGAGUUACUGUUGGAGAUUGCUUCUUCUUUUGGUUCUGUUACCACAUGUUGCCUUCUCCGGCCAAAUUGUCAAGUACCUUCCUGGUUUUGAUGGUGAACUUCCAUUCAAGCUUGAAACUGGGUACGUAAGUGUUGGUGAUUCUGAGCUGUUCUACUACUUCAUUGAAUCGCAAGGUGAUCCUCAAGAAGACCCUAUUUUUCUCUGGUUAACUGGUGGACCUGGUUGUUCUAGUUUCAGUGGAAUAAUCUAUGAAAUCGGUCCAUUGGAGUUUGACAUAAACCGCUACAAGGGGGGCUUGCCAAAAUUGAAGUACUACCCAUAUGCAUGGACAAAGACAGCCAGCUUUAUAUUUUUAGAUGCACCAGUUGGCACAGGUUUUUCUUAUUCUAGGACUCCACAAGGAUGGCUUACCUCAGACUCAGAAUCAGCAGAGCAGUCUUAUCAAUUCCUCCGACAGUGGUUGCUAGAACAUCCACAAUAUUUGCUAGUUCAGCUAUUUAUUGGUGGUGAUUCUUACUCAGGCAUUACUGUUCCAUUGAUCACUCAAAAAGUGGUAGAGGCUAAUGAAGCAAUGGUCUACCCAUAUUUGAAUCUCAAAGGAUAUCUGCUUGGGAGCCCAGCUACAGAUCAACUUCUAAAUGCAAAUGCAAAAAUAAUAUUUGCUCACAGGAUGGCUCUAAUUUCAGAUCAACUAUAUGAGAAACUUAAAACAAGUUGCAAUGACUCGUAUGUGGAUGUAGAUCCAUCCAACACAGCAUGUGUAGCUGCACUUGGAACUUAUGAAAUGUGUAUCAAAGAUUUAUAUACCAAUGAUAUCUUGGAACCUAGUUGUGUUUUCGCAUCCCAUAGAGAAAAUCCAGAAACUGUUCGAAGAUCUGCGAAAGAAAAUCCCAAAAAUUUCAUCCUUUCACCACCAAGAAUUCCUGAAUUAUGGUGUCGAAAUUUCAAUUAUGUGCUGGCCUAUGUGUGGUCAAAUAAUCUUGAAGUCCAAGAUGCCUUACACGUUCGAAAGGGAGCUGUAUCAACAUGGCAAAGGUGCAACCAGACUUUAUCAUACACAAAAGAUGUUCAAAGUGUUAUUGAUGUUCAUCGGUAUCUCAGUAACAAAGGCUUGGAAGUUCUAGUACAAAAUGGAGAUCGUGACAUGGUUGUUCCCUUUGUUGCAACUCAAACAUGGAUAAAGUCUCUAAAUUUGACAAUUUCUGAUGAGUGGCGACCAUGGUUUGUUGAUGGCCAAGUUGCAGGAUACACAAGAAAGUAUGUGAAGUAUUCGCAGAACGCAACAUUUUAUCUGACGUAUGCAACUGUUAAGGGUGGGGGUCACACAGCACCAGAGUACUACCGUAGAGAAUGCUAUGAUAUGUUUCAGAGAUGGAUUCAUUAUUAUCCUCUCUAGAUGAGACAUGGAUGAAGUUAAUUAUUAGUUGCUCCUCUUGUCAUUGUUUUCUUGAUUUUUUUUCUGGAAAUCAUUGUUUUCUUGAUUAAGAAUCUAUGAGUGAGCAAUGACAUCAUAAUAAAGUAUCACAGAAAAAUUAAUCAUGUAAUCAAUCACAGCGACUGAAUGGUAGAUCGAAAUAAGAAAACUGAGAAAAUCUUUUGAAUAA